CCUAAAGUGACUAAAAACAUAUGUAUUUCUCAUCGUUAAGGUCAUUGACAAAAGUGUAAGAACGAAACUUGUUCGGGAAAAACGUAAAUUUUUCUUUAAAAAAUUCGUUUUUUAACCGAAUCAAAUCAGGAGCGUGUCAACAAUGAGCUUCCUUUUUGGAAGCCGCUCCUCGAAAACCUUUAAACCAAAGAAAAACAUCCCGGAGGGUACGCAUCAAUAUGAACUUAUGAAACAUGCUGCGGCUACCUUAGGUUCAGGAAAUUUAAGACUUGCUGUUAUGUUACCUGAGGGGGAAGAUUUAAACGAAUGGGUUGCAGUUAAUACUGUAGAUUUUUUUAAUCAAAUUAAUAUGUUAUAUGGGACCAUAACAGAGUUUUGUACUGAAGAUACAUGUGCAAUAAUGUCAGCUGGACCAAAAUAUGAAUACCAUUGGGCUGAUGGUCACACAGUGAAAAAACCAAUAAAAUGUUCUGCCCCAAAAUACAUAGAUUAUUUAAUGACAUGGGUUCAAGAUCAAUUAGAUGAUGAAACACUAUUUCCUUCAAAAAUUGGGGUUCCCUUCCCAAAAAAUUUUCUUUCAAUCGCAAAAACGAUCUUAAAGCGCUUAUUCCGCGUUUACGCGCAUAUUUACCACCAACAUUUCAGUGAAGUAGUCCAAUUGGGCGAAGAAGCUCACUUGAAUACUUCAUUUAAACAUUUUAUAUUUUUCGUGCAGGAAUUUAAUUUAAUCGAACGCCGCGAGUUGGCGCCUUUACAAGAAUUAAUCGAUAAACUUACAGCUAAAGAGGCACGGUGAACAUUUUUCUUCGAGAAAAAUCAUUGAAUUUAUACAAAUAAUUAACCUCUAAAACACGCUUAAUGAUUUUUAUUUUUUAUAUAUUCGCACUGCCACAAGUCUUAUUUGAAGUUUGGUUAGUUGACAGAUGAAAUGUCAAUUUGACAGAUAAUAUAUGAACGUAUCCAUGGAACUUGAGGAAUAAUUUCUGGAAUUUAGAUUUAAAUUCAUUAAAGUAAUCUGUUUUAAUUUUUGAAUUUGAUAAAAUAACAACAAUAUAAACUCAUUUGAUACUAAUGAUUUUGACAGGUUAAAUACCAAAACAAUUUUUUGGAUAAAGAUCGAAUAUCAUACUGACUGUGUUAAUAUUAAUAGUAAAUAACAUUAUUUGGAUGAAAUUAGCUUAAAAGAAUAAUACAGAGAUGAUGUUUAUAAACAUCAAAAUGGAAACGUCAAUUUGACAAGUAAUCUGUCAAUUUUCAUCUUAAAAGUUAAUACCAAAUUUAAUUUAUUUAAAACGGAUGAAAUCAAAUUGAUGACUCAUAGUCAAAGAAUUGAUAAAUAAUCAUAUUAUCAUUAUUAUUAAAGUAAUCUGUUUUAAUUUUUGAAUUUGAUAAAAUAUCAACAUCAAUAUAAACUCAUUUCAUAGUAAUGAUUUUGACAGGUUAAAUGUCAAAAAAACAUUUUGAAUCAAGAUCAAAUAUGAUAUUAAAUGUGGUAAUAUUAAUAGCAAAUAACAUUAUUUGAAUGAAAUCAGCUUAAAAGAAUAAUACAGAGAUGUUGUUUAUAAACAUCAAAAUGAAACGUCAAUUUGACAACUAAUCUGUCAAUUUUCAUCUUUAAAGUUAAUACCAAAUUUAAUUUAUUUAAAACGGAUAUGAAAUCAAAUUGAUGACGCAUAGUCAAAGAAUUGAUAGAUAAUGGUAUUAUUAUUAUUAUUAAAAUAAUCUGUUUUAAUUUUUGAAUAUGAUAAACAUCAAUAUAAAGUCGUUUGAUACUAAUGAUUUUGACAGUUUAAAUGUAAAAAAAAAUAUUUUGAAUAAAAGUCAAAUAUGAUACUAAAUGUGGUAAUAGCAAAUAACAUUAUUUGGAUGAAAUCAGCUUAAAAGAAUAAUACAGAGAUCUUGUUUAUAAACAUCAAAAUGAAAACGUCAAUUUGACAACUAAUCUGUCAAUUUGCAACUUAAAAGUUAAUACCAAAUUUAAUUUAUUUAAAACGGAUGAAGUCAAAUUGAUGACUGAUACUCAAAGAAUUGAUAGAUAAUAGUAUUAUUAUUAAAGUAAUCUGUUUUCAUUUUUGAAUUUGAUAAAAUAUCAACAUCAAUAUAAACUCAUUUCAUAGUAAUGAUUUUGACAGGUUAAAUGUCAAAAAAAAUAUUUUGAAUAAAAAUCAAAUAUCAUACUAAAUGUGUUACUAUUAAUAGCAAAUAACAUUAUUUGGAUGAAAUCAGCUUAAAAGAAUAAUACAGAGAUGUUGUUUAAAAACAUCAAAAUGGAAACGCCAAUUUGACAAGUAAUCUGUCAAUUUUAAUCUUAAAAGUUAAUACCAAAUUUAAUUUAUUUAAAACGAAUGAAGUCAAAUUGAUGACUCAUAGUCAAAGAAUUGAUAGAUAAUAGUAUUAUUAUUAAAGUAAUCUGUUUUAAUUUUUGAAUUUGAUAAAAUAUCAACAUCAAUAUAAACUCAUAUUGAUGAAACUCUUUUGAUACUAAUGAUUUUGAUAGGUUAAAUGUCAAAAAAAAUAUUUUGAAUGAAAAUCAAAUAUCAUACUAAAUGUGUUAAUAUUAAUAGCAAAUAACAUUAUUUGGAUGAAAUCAGCUUAAAAGAAUAAUACAGAGAAGUUGUUUAUAAACAUCAAAAUGGAAACGUCAAUUUGACAACUAAUCUGUCAAUUUUCAUCUUAAAAGUUAAUACCAAAUUUAAUUUAUUUAAAACGGAUGAAGUCAAAUUGAUGACUCAUAGUCAAAGAAUUGAUAAAUAAUAGUAUUAUUAUUAAAGUAAUCUGUUUUAAUUUUUGAAUUUGAUAAAAUAUCAACAUCAAUAUAAACUCAUUUGAUACUAAUGAUUUUGACAGGUUAAAUGUCAAAAAAAAUAUUUUGAAUAAAAAUCAAAUAUCAUACUAAAUGUGUUAAUAUUAAUAGCAAAUAACAUUAUUUGGAUGAAAUCAGCUUAAAAGAAUAAUACAGAGAUGUUGUUUAUAAACAUCAAAAUGGAAACGUCAAUUUGACAAGUAAUCUGUCAAUUUUUAUCUUAAAAGUUAAUACCAAAUUUAAUUUAUUUAAAACGGAUGAAAUCAAAUUGAUGACUCAUAGUCAAAGAAUUGAUAGAUAAUGGUAUUAUUAUUAUUAUUAUUAAAGUAAUGUUUUAAUUUUUGAAUUUGAUAAAAUAACAUCAAUAUAAACUCAUUUGAUACUAAUGAUUUUGACAGGUUAAAUGUCAAAAGUAUUUUGAAUAAAGAUCAAAUAUCAUACUAAAUGUGUUAAUAUUAAUAGUAAAUAACAUUAUUUGGAUGAAAUCAGCUUAAAAGAAUAAUACAGAGAUGAUGUUUAUAAACAUCAAAAUGGAAACGUCAAUUUAACAAGUAAUCUGUCAAUUUUUAUCUUGAAAUUUAAUACCAAAUUUAAUUUAUUUAAAACGGAUGAAGUCAAAUUGAUGACUCAUAGUCAAAGAAUUGAUAAAUAAUGGUAUUAUUAUUAUUAAAAUAAUCUGUUUUAAUUUUCGAACUUGAUAAAAUAUCAACAUCAAUAUAAACUCAUUUGAUACUAAUGAUUUUGACAGGUUAAAUGUCAAAAAAAAUAUUUU